AUGCACUUCUCAUCCCUCUUCGCUCAAGGCUUAUUGGCCGUCGGUGUAAGUGCGUGGACAGGCUUAAGGAUUGCUCAACAGAACGGCCCAACCGACCCGGGAAUCUCUUCUGAUUGCACUUGGAGGGACGUAGCCGUUGACAAGAGCUUCGACUGUGAACUCUUUGAGUCAGAUUGGGACCUCACACACAAGCAGUUUGUGGAAUACAACCCCAGCGUCAAGGAUGACUGCAGUGGUAUCCAGGUUGGCCACGCAUACUGCAUCGAGGUCAAUGACGGGUUUCCUCGUGAUGAAGAUCCGCCCAAGGCGACGACUCCUGAAGAUGCCGAGCCUGAGCCUACUGAGGACUCCAAGCCCAGUCCCACUCAGGACGGUCUCAUCGACACAUGCACGUCCUUCUACAAGGCCAAGAAGGGAGAUACGUGCAACAAGAUCAUUGCACAGUACCAGACGUUCGACUUUGGUGCCUUCUUUGAGUGGAACCCUGCCGUCGGUAAGGACUGCAGAUCAUUGUUAGUCGACUACUACGUCUGUGUCGGAACUGUCGGCUGGAAUCCCCCCACGAAAACCAUGGCCAAAUCAACUACAACAAAGGCACCCUCCAAUGGAAUCACCACGCCUACGCCAAUCCAAGCAAAUAUGGUCACAAACUGCAACAAGUUCCACCUGGUCAAGUCCACCACUACCUGCACAUCUAUCCAAAGCUACUACGGCAUCGCCAUGGCAGACUUUACGAAGUGGAAUCCCACAGUGGUUUUUACGUGCCCCGCCCUGUGGGCUAACUUCAACGUAUGUGUUGGUGUCAUUGACGGAACCCCUGCCAAUCCAGGCGAUGAUGAUUCGACGCCCUCGCCGAUCCAGGCAGGCAUGGCCAGUAACUGCAAGAAGUUCCAUCUCAUCGGGAGCACCGCCACAUGCGGUUCGAUUCAAAAGUAUUACAGCAUCACAAUCGCACAGCUGGCCAAGUGGAAUCUGGCUGUCGGGGCCAUAUGCACAGCGCUGUGGGCUCAGUAG